UGUAGUGUCAGUGUAAACUUGACGAUAGUUCUUCUGCCAAUGUCGCUGCUAUUUAUCAUUUAGACAGAGAAAACGUUUGUUUUUCAGUCAUAUAAGUGAGUCGACUUUAUUUUCAGCCAUUUGCUAAAUCCUCAAUAUAGCUGCAAGUAUUUAAGAUGGGUCUGCUGUCUUCAGGACUUCUGGUUUUAUAGAAACGAGGAUGAAUCCAUUGUGGGGGAGAUUGAUGAUUGCUAUGAUCUGAUGACACAAUGACUGGUUUUCGGACCUGCAUGUUUACAUUGCUGCUGAUAUAUCUGACACCAUGUAAAGCAACACUUUCUCCUCCCAAGAUCCUGAAUGUAGGAUUGUUGGAUUUUAAAGCUACAGUUGAAUGGCUUCCAGGACAAGGAAAUCCUCCUGGAACCAGAUAUACGUUGGAGUUCAUACAUGCCCAAAACAUGUCUGGAGGAAAGUGGAUUGGGUCUCCAAACUGUACUGACAUAGACGUCCUGAAAUGCGACCUGAACUUUGACAAGCCACCUUUUGACCUCCAUUGGAAUUAUUUUUUGAGAGUCAAGGCAACAUUUAAAGGGACAAGCUCAAACUGGACAACUACAACAAGCUCUUUCCAGCCAUAUGGAGACACUCGUCUGAGUCCUCCAGAUGUAGAGAUCUCAACACACCAAACAUCCAUUCAAAUCAAUUUUAGUCAUUGGCUGGAAUCAAAUCCAUGGACUAAAACAAUGGACUACCUGCUUUCUCUUUUCGAGAACAGUCCUGCAGGGGAAUCUAAGUUUGUAGCUCUGAUAUCAACCUCAAAAUCCCCCUAUGUUUUCCACGAUGUGCCGUCUGGUAAGAACUAUUGCGUCAGUGUUUCCGCCAGUCAUCAUCAGGCCUCAAAGAACAACAACUUCAACACCACCAAAUGCAUCUUUCUGUUAGAUUCUCCUAGAAGUGUUGUGCUAAUAGUUGGCAUUGUGGCUGUGCUGUUGAUUAUGUUUUUAGCUGGGAUUGUUUUGUUUUUUGUUUGUUCUAAUCACAUUAAGCCCAACAUCAAGAAACUACGUGUUCCAUCAGCCUUGCUCAACGUUUCAAAACCUUGUAGGGUCCUACCACUAAUCCCUGAGGCAUUCCAAACAAUUUACCAAACACUGACCUGGCCAAAAACAUACAUGAACCCAGAGGAUCGAGAUUUGGCUUCAGACAAUGACUCUAAACAUGAAUACCUUGAGAGGGGAAAUUUUGCAGUUAACUCUUAUUCCAUCAGCAAUAUUAACCUGCCAGAGGAGGCCAAGACAUCAAAUCAGUACACACUUGCUACUGAUAUGGAACAGAGCGAUGGAAGUGGAUUAUCUGAAAUGAAUAAAGACAAUGUGCAUUCAGGUUCCUCAGAAUGUUGCAGUUCACAACAUUCAAGAUCAUCUGAGAAGCUACAAAUGAGUAUUAUGGAUAUGCAUAAGAAUAACGAGAGGGGAAUCUGUUUUCUGGAGGAAACUCUAUCCUGUGCUUCUAGCAUUAACUAUCAAAGAGAACUGCCAGAUGAGGAGAAAGAGAACGAGGAGGAUAUGGACCAAGAGGACCACGAUUCUGCAUCAGAAGAUGACUUUAAAGAUGAAUACAUUCAGAGGGCAUGUUUUACAAUAGGCCCCGAUUUUACUCUUAGCCCCUCAGAGGAGGCUGAGACGUCAUAUCCAUACACAACUGCUACUGAUUUGGAACAGAGCGAUGGAAGUGGAUUAUCUGAAAUAAAUGUUGACGAUAUGCAUUCAGAAUCUUGUACUUCAAAACAAUCGAGAUCAUCAGAAAAGCUACAAACAAGUAUUAUGGAUACACUUAAGAAAUAUGAGAAGGACAUCUAUUUUCCAGAGGAAACUCUAUCUUGUUCUUCUAGUGAUAAUUAUGAAAGAGAACUGCCAUAUGAAGGGAAAGAGGAUGAGGAGGAAAUGAAUGUAUUGUUGCCUGAAAAUGUCUUAGAAGGUGGCUAUGAACCAAGACAUAAUAAAAAAGUAUGAAGUAUAAGGUAAAGAUUUAAAUAAAGGACAAACUUACAAAUCACCAAGGCCUUUAAAGAGAAUCUACGUAUUCCAAACCUUCUUUGAAAAGGGGAGUCUAAAACCAAACCCAAGCAAAAAAAUGUAUCUUAUUUCCUUCUGAGCAACCAAAGUAGGCAUGAAAAGGAGAAUAAGACUUGAGCAGUCACUGACAAAGAAUCAAAACACUUGGUUAUAUACACCAGGAGAGAACGGUUCAUUAACAUCCCCAUUGGUCUCAGGGGUAGUCAUGACAAAAAUGUGAACUUCAAGGACUCUCAGAACUUUUGGACCUUCCAGAAAUCAAACAGAAACAAAAUGAACUCUGAACCUAAACAUUGCCUGUUAAUGGCCACUUUGUCAUUAACUACUCAGCUUUAGGUUGAGGUAUACUCUUCAAAAUAAUAGGUCUUCAUUGGAAUAUAUGGUUUUAUGGGGAAGCUGAAACAACGUUAUUUUGAGUUUCUUGGGCAAACCCAAAUGGUUUUUAUCAUCGCUGUGAAAACUGCUUUUUGUAGCCUUUGUUUUUUAUAGCAUGUACAGUACACGUGUGCCUAAUUAACAUAGUGACUGCACAUUCUUUACAAUGUCACUGAUGCUGCAGCUUGUCAAAUGAUUGACCAUCUGGGGUGUGUUUUCCGAAAACCAUCUUUAGCUAACUAUGGUCGCACAUUGCGUUGUUACCAACAUAGUUCGUUGAUUAGGCGUUUGUCAAAUCCAUCAUUUCAACGAACAUUCGUAAACUGUGUCGCAAACUUGUACACUUGCAACUACACCUCUAAAGCUGUAGUUAGAAGCAUAGUUUCUGGCUGUGUUCUAUUCCCAGUUAUACCCCCUAUACCCAAUUCCUUUUGAACAUUCCAACUUCACUGAAAAAUUUUACAAACAAAUUGAGUAAUGUUAAAUAAAUAGUUUACAACCACUUAACUUAAAAAAAAAAUUGUAAAACCAAGGAAUAAUCUUUUUAUCAGUGUUGGAAUGAUUAAAUAAAAAGCAUUAAAGUCAUUUCUCUAAUGUGUAAUUUGCUUUCAAAGUAUUUUUACAAUUCAGUUUUGGCGAUCUUCAUAUUGUCAAUUGCGUUCCCUUCACAGUGCACUUUGAAAACAUUAAAUGCCUUUUUGAACGCAGCCGUGUCUCAGGUGACCAAUUAAUUAAAAGCAGAAUUUAUGUUACCUCUCCAAAGAUUGUGAAAACAAAAAUAUAUAGCAUACAUUAAUGGUUUUGACUUAUAGUAGGUUAUUUAUUAAGAAAUGUAUCAGUACCGUUUAUGACAUGGGCCUGUUGGUUAGAACAUUUCUGCAGUGGUCUGAAUGUCUCAAAUUGUAAAGGUAGACUUUUAAAAAAAACAAACAAACAAUAUUCUACUUAAUAAUAAUAAUAUUAAUCAUAAAUUUAUAAUAAUAAUUAUUAUGAAGUUUUAGUUAUUAUGAAGUUUUAGUAUGAAGAUUUUUUUUAUAAAUUGCCUACUGUAAAUUACAACUAUUAGCCUAACGAUUUAUAUGAGAUUAGAAUAUGUGUUACUAAGUGGUUUUAUGUUUUAGAAUAUGUAAUGUUCUCAAUAAUAUUUGUAAAGAAAACAUUGGCCCAUAUGUGACGUUUACAUAUAUUCAAAUUAAUAUAGAAAACGAGUGCACGUUUUUACCAAAACUAAUAUUGGAUUUUUUUUUAAAUGCGUGUGCGUAAAUCAAUAGAAUUUGCACAAACAAAAUUAUGGGUUUUUUCUCUAAAAUAGUUGUUACUCCACCCCACUUAGUUUGAGUGGGCGUUUUACAUUAUAACUAAAUGUGGUUCAAACGAUGGAUCUGCGACAGAGAAACUAUGGGUUUUGGAAAACACUCCUCACUUCAUCGUUCUUUUCCCAAACAAUGCAUCGUACUAUGAUAGCUCAGCCGCGAGUUACGUCGUUGUUUGGGAAACGCACCCCUGGUCAACUAAUGGUCAUUCAGACUCCUGGUGCUACAUGAAGCAAUUUAUAAUGCAGUGCAUCAUUUCAGAAUUCUCUGUUGAGUGUCAUAUGAAAUGGGCAGCACGGUGGCACAGUGGGUAGCAUGAUUGCCUCAAAGCAAGAAGGUCGCUGAUUCAAGCCCUGGCUGGGUCAGUUGCCAUUUUUGUGAGGAGUUUGCAUGUUCUCCCCGUGUGAACAGGUGAAUUAAAUAAAACUAAACUGUCCGUGAGAGUGUAUGGAUAUUUCCAAGUACUGGGUUUCAGCUGAAAGAGCAUCUGCUGUGUAAAACAUAUGCUGGAUAAGUUGGCGGUUCAUUCCGCUGUGUUAAUAAAGGGACGAAGCCAAAAAGAAAAUCAAUGAAUGUCAUACGAAAUGUACAACUGUUGUGUAUGUGUAUAUACAUUUACAUGAAGUGGAGUAACUUCUGAGAUCGCUAUAGUAAAAUAAAAUGUUAAUUAGGCUUUUUUUUAUUGUUUAAUGGACAGCAGCUACAUUUAAAAUAUUUUCUCAGAUUUUUUUUAAGCCGUAAAAGAUGGUAAAUGGUGGUUACACCAAAAACAAGUUUUAUUUAUGUGAUUGAAAUUAUUAACAGUAAAAUAUUAUUUGGAAAAAGUAUCCUUACAAGUUUUCCUUUGUCCUCCUGGAAUUGUAAACUGCGAGAUUCAUUACAGUAUUUGUAAAAGGAAUGUUUUGAAAUCUAUAGUUGAUAUUAGAUACAGGUACACUAACACAAAUGAUACGAGCAAUCAUAUAUCUUUGACGAAGUUUUAUUAUGUCAGUUUUACUUUCAUGUUGUCUCCCUCCAAAUCAAUGUGUUUAUGUGUCUUCUGUAAAUGUUUCAUAAGGUGCUGCAUUAUAUAAUCAAAUCUGUAAUAUUAUUAACAUAUUGGGGUACACUUCUGUCUUUAUAUAUGACAACUAUUGAAGGCUUGAGAGUGGGAACGUUUUGUUUACAUAAAGGGCACUGACUGUAAUGCUUAAUAAUGCUUUAUUAAAUGUUUAGGCCCUUUUUAUUAUAGUUAAAAAAGAUGAACCCCUCCAGUAAAAGACUGUGAAAUACAAUAAUAAAUGCUAUGAAUUUAUUUUUGUUUUUAAAGUUGCAAAUAAAUACUGAAAAAUAUAAAUAUGCAAUAAUGUGGCUAUGAAGUACAAACAUUUGAUUUCUUUCUAUUUACAAAUCGGAGUGAUUUUAAAGAUUACAUGCCAACUGCCAUUCAAGAAACCUCUUUUUCUGUCAGUCUCCCCCAAAAAGAGAAGAGAAAAACCCUUUCCUUCCUUCUUCCCCACGGAGACGCAGUGACUUGGUGGUGCGAGUGCCUCUUUGAAAGCCUGUCCGUUCCUUGUUGUUUUCCUUUUCCUUCUCUUGCUGUUGGAGUUGUACCUGUUGACAGAUCACCAAACGCAUGUCCUCCUAAAACAGAAAAUUUUUAGUCAUUAAAAAUAAAACAAGAGCUAUUCUUCAUAAGGUAAAUCAUACAUAUUUAUAAAUAAACAAAACAUGCACUGCAUACUAUAGAGCAGGGGUGUCAAACAGCCCUGCUCGGUUUAGUUCCAACUCUGCUCCAACACACUUAAGCUGCGGUCACACUAGAGUUUGAGCAUGCAAAAUCCCUGUUGUACGGCACUGCAAAAAGGGGCGGGAUUAAACAACAUGAUUAGUUUUAAAAAAGCGAGCGAUUGGUCCAUGUUUUAAAUUUCUGCACAAAGAGGUCAUA